CUUGCUUACUCCCGUUCUAUUAUUUCAUUUCGCAACAACCUCCUUCCUAAAAGUACCAACAGUAUGGACUCUCUUGCACAGGCUGCGGCGGCGACUGCCGAGGAUUUCAGCGAUUUGGAUGCCGAAAUCAGGCGUUCAAGCACAGACGAGAUUCGCAGCCGCACGCGACUCAUUGACAACGAAAUCCGUCACAACAUGACCAUCAAAAUCAAGGAUAACACGGAGAAAAUCAACAUCAACAAGCAGCGCCACGGCGACGAGGAGGAGGAUGGGGCCAACGUGGACCUGGAUGCGCAGCGCCGGGGCAAGUGUGCGGUGAUCAAGGCCACGACGCGGCAGACGGUGUUUCUGCCGGUGAUUGGGCUGGUGCCGCGAUAUCGGUGGGCUGGACAAGCAGGUGGAGGAGCUGGUAGAGGCGAUUGUGCUGCCAAUGACCCAUGCAGACCGGUUCAAGAAGUCGGUAUCAAGCCGCCCAAGGGCGUGCUUAUGUACGGGCCGCCAGGCACCGGCAAGACGCUUUUGGCACGUGCGUGCGCGGCGCAGACGCAGUCGACAUACCUGAAGCUGGCAGGUCCGCAGCUGGUGCAGAUGUUUAUUGGUGAUGGUGCGAAGAUGGUGCGUGAUGCAUUUGCCCUGGCCAAGGAGAAGGCUCCGACCAUCAUUUUCAUUGACGAGCUGGAUGCGAUCGGCACGAAGCGGUUUGACAGCGAGAAGAGCGGUGACCGCGAGGUCCAGCGCACGAUGCUGGAGCUUCUGAACCAGCUCGACGGGUUCGGCAGCGACGACCGUAUCAAGGUUAUUGCAGCGACCAACCGCAUUGAUAUCUUGGACCCGGCGCUGCUGCGUUCAGGCCGUCUCGACCGCAAGAUCGAAUUCCCGCUGCCCAACGAGGAUGCGCGUGCACGCAUCAUCCAGAUCCACUCGCGCAAGAUGAACGUGUCGAGUGACGUCAACUUUGACGAGCUGGCGCGGUCGUGCGACGAGUUCAACGGUGCUCAGUGCAAGGCCAUUUGCGUGGAGGCUGGCAUGAUCGCGCUGAGGCGUGGAGGCACCAAGCUGUCGCACGAGGACUUCAUGGAGGGAAUCCAGGAGGUCCAGGCCAAGAAGAAGACCUCGUUGCAGUACUUUGCUUAAAGACCACCUAUUUCUCUUUCACCGUUCAGAUAUACAUCUACCAACCAAUGGAACUCGGGCUUUUUCUUGCAAUACACAUAU